AUGGCGUCGUCGAGAGAUAAUUUGAAGGUUUACAUUCGAGUUACUCAAAAGAAAUCCGUCGCUGAAAACCCUAAAUCAUCAAAGAAGCAAAAAACAUCAUCAGCAGAAGAGAACAUAGAUGAACAAGAAAAUAUUAGCCGAAAAUCACCAAUGAAACAACAAAGAACUAGAAAACGAAAAGAUAUUUCAGACAAUGUUAAAAAACAAGAGGAAAAACAAAAAAGGAGAAGAAAGAAAGUGGUGAUAGAAUCAUCAGAAGAGACAGUUUCUGAUUCCAAUGAUAAAAAAUCUAGUCGAGCUAUUGUUCUGCAUACUUCCGAACAACAAGUAAAUUCAGAUGAUGAUUUUGUUGAUCCACAACCAAGAGUUAACCCGAUAAAAAAUCAAAAGAAGGAAAAGGCAGAAUCAAAACCAAAGAGAUCACAGAGGAAAGAUAAAACAAAAGAACAACCAGAACAACAACCAUAUUAUGAUUACGACGGAAAAAAAAUCAACAUAAGAUGUGCAGUCAAUAAUCUAAAAGAUUAUAUUGAAAGUCUGUCAAAAGAGCAAAGGGAUACUGUUAGAGAAAUAGGGUUUGAGAGCAUACUAAAAUUCAAUCUGCAUUCAGUUCCACGCAAAUUUGGAUAUUGGCUGGUAAAAAACUUUGAUGCUGAAAAUGAUGAGAUAAAUACCGGAGAUGAAAAGAUUAAGAUCACAGCUGAAUUUAUCCAAAAGGUACUUCAAAUACCAAAUGGAAAAACAGAGAUUAAGGAAAAAUUGAGACCAAAAGACACUGAUCUUAUAAUUAAAUUCUGGCGCGGUCAAUUCAGCAAAGAUAUAUUGAAGAGAAUGCGUACAAGAAGACAAUGGCCUGGAAAUGAGAAGCUCUUCAAUGGACCUAUUGCAUUGUUAGCGAUACUAUAUGCUUACAAAAAACAAGGAUUUGACGAUGCUGAAAACACUAAAGUGUUCUCUCUUGAUAAAAUUGACUCUACAACAUUACAAGAAUUUGAAGAUGAAUUGGAAAUUGUUGCGCAAAAUGAGGGGAGAUGUAUUAAUGAAAACGAAGAAAUUUUUGAAAAUGAAUCUGAAGAAAAUGAUGAAGACGAUGCUGAAGAACAACCAAUCACCUUACUUAAAGCUGCAACAGACUGGAUUGAUCAAGAAAAUCAAGAAAAUGUUCAAAACAGCCCAAAUAAAACCAACGAAACUGAGAAAACACCAACAGAAAGUGGAGGUUCAUGGGGGCAAUUCUUCAUUAAACCAUCAAUAGGAAAUAAAGAUAAAAUGUGGGUAGACAGUCAAAGCCGACUGCGUAAUUUCAUGCCAUCACAAAAUCAAAGUGAAGGUCUUUCUGACAUUCAUUCAACAAAAACUGGCGAUGAAAAUGUGAAGAACAUUGAAGAUAAAAAAUCAAAUGAAGAAUAUCUUGUGAAUGUUUUGGAUGAUCAUAUAAAAGGAUUUGAAGAAAUUUUUGAAAAAAUCCAAUCACGUGUAGAUGAGAUUGUCGAAGAAUAUCCAAACAGUGAGGCUCUUCAUAACAAAGUAAACGAAUGGGUGUCAUUGAUUGAAAAAUUAAACCAUCAAGCAAAAAAGCACAAGAAAGUUGAUAUUGAUUCAAAUACAAUGGAAACACCAUCAAGAUUCCUAAAUUUGAGCCAAAAUGAUGAAACUGAAAAUCAAAUCAUUUCAACUCCAUUGAUUAUAAAACGCAAUGAUGAUGAUGAUGCAAAACGCAAUGAGUGUAACACAGCUGUAGUCCAGUCCUCCAUUCCAGAAAAAAACAGUAACAAUGACCCUGCAUCUAUUCUGCAAACCCACAUGGAAAAACCUUCAAUGGAACAAUCAUCAUUUGGCGAAGAAACUCCAUCAUUAAUGUUGGAGAUGAUCAAAAGGACAGAUGAAGAAGAAAAAAAAUCAAAUCAAAAGAAAAUUCAGGAUAAUGAGGUACAAACCGAAAUUCAAGCGGAAUCUAAAAAUAGAUCAAUCGAAAAAGAAGUUCAAAUUACUGGAAUACAAACAAUGUUUGAGAGAAUUGAAGAACAGGAUAAUACUGAAAAGCAAAUCAGUGAUCUAAUUCAAAACACUUCAUUCCUCAACCCACAAGAAGAUCCGGAUACUCUCUUCGAAAUCAAAGAACAUGUAUUUCUAUAUAGAUAUGCUGUUGAAACAAUGAGGCCAGGAUUGGAAAUCACCGGAGAAGUAAUCAAUUGUUGGUCUUAUAUUUUGAAUGAAGAAGAAAAAAGAAGAUCAAAAGACAACAAAACUCCAAGAUUUUUCUGUACUAUUCGAAUGCUGCAUUUCUUUGUGAUCUCCUUCAAUCUUGAAGAGAAUCAAAUAUUCAUCAUUGACAAUAGUGCCAAAGAAGAAACAAAUGAAGCUAAAUAUGGGGAUGUGCCUGAAAAUACAAGGAAUGCUUUGGCAGCUUACCUUAAAUCUGUUGGACAUGAAAAAGCAGAUGAUAUAAAGAAAAUAACCCCUGUUAGAAUGCAGAUGAAAUGGAGGACACAAUAUAAUGGAAUUGACUGUGGUAUAUUCACCAUGCGUCAUAUGGAAUGUUAUCAUGGAGAACCAGUCGAAAAAUGGGAUUGUGGAUUUAACGUAGAGUAUGAAGAACCUGCAAGGGGUAAAAACAAAAAACAAGUCAACAAGCAGACCGCACAACUUGAAGAUUUAAGAAGGAAGUUCAUCGCGAAGAUAUUAUUGCAUGAAAUCAACGAACAAAGAAAUUAUGUUAUUGAGGACUCAAAGAAGUUUCGAGACCUCAGUGCGAAACUUAAAAAACAAUCCUAUGACACUAGUUUAGAUAGGAUUAAAGACAGGCUUUCUAAUGCUGGUUUACUUUGA